CACUGCUGUCAGAUGAUACCAAAAAUUUGUUUUUGUUUUGUGAUAAAUAGUGACUAGGGCUAGUGAUUGUCUAAAUUAAAUUCGGAUAGACCAACACAACCAGUCACAAUGCAUGAGGCAUAUGUGGUUUAUCCACCGGCAAACAUUUCCGUGCACAUUGAGUGCAUGACGAGUUUUGAUAAGAAUGUCAUACUCGGCACUCGACAGGGUCAUUUGCUCAUGUACACAGUCGACAUCAAUACAUCCGAUAACCGAAUGGAAUUGACUCUGCUACAAUUCGACAAGAAUUUCAGCAAGAAACCGAUUCUGCAGGUCGAGGUAAUUCCGGAAUAUAACUUGCUGUUCAGCCUGUCGGACAAUGUCAUCAGUGUGAACGACAUAAGCCGUCACAAUUUCCCAUUGGUUCACUCUGCCAUCCGAACGAGAGGCGCAUCGAUAUUUGCGUUGGAUGUGAAGCGCUCCAAAUCGUUAACCGGUGAAACUGCAGUCGUGUUGCGAAUGUGUGUAGCGAUCAAAAGGAAACUUCAGUUUUGGUAUUGGAAGCACGAUGAGCUGCUGGAGUUGAGAAAAGAUUUGGAUCUGUCGGAUGCUCCUAGAGCGCUAACAUGGGCCGAAAAUAUGAUCUGUGUGGGGUAUAAGACCGAGUACGUGAUGUACGAUAUGUCCGGCGAAACUCCACAGAAAUUGGAUUUAUUUCCGACCAGUUCGUCUCGCACCAUCGAUCCAUGCAUAGCACUGAUCGACGGAUGUUUUGCGGUGGCAAAGGACGAAUACCUUUUCGCUGUGGAUCCGAAGAGCAAAUCGCUGCAGGAGCCGUCAACUUCCUUAGCUAGUUUCCCGACAAACACCGAGUCUCUGAAGUUCAAGGCAUUGGAAUGGACUCACCCACUACAGGUGUUAGUGUGGGACAAUCCGUAUGCCGUUGCACUGGUCAAUAAUGUCGUGGAAGUUCGAAUAUUAGAUCAGUCUGGAUCGAACAAAGAAACUUUCAUUCAAACCCUGCCGGAUCUCAGUAAGGCUCGUCUGUUGAUCAGAGCGAAAAAGGGUCUACUGUUCGCUGCCUCGGUCACUCAGCUGUGGUGCAUUCAAAUGGUCGAUAUAUCCAAACAGACAAGUACUCUGUUGCAACAAAAGAAGUUCCAGCUGGCACUACAACUUACUAACAUUUCCGAUGAAAACCAGGACGACAAACAAGGGAAAAUUCACGAGAUACAGACCCUGUACGCCUUCGACUUGUUUGCGAACAAAUUGUUCGAAGAUUCCAUGAAAGAAUUCACGAAACUCCAAACCGACCCGUGUGAUGUCAUCCGAUUGUUCCCGGACCUCUUACCCCAAGACACAUCGAAACAAUACGGCACAACAUCUGCACCGAAUCCGACACCGAAUCCAUUCGCCACGAAUCUACCGAAAUUGGAAGAUCGUGAUUUGGAGCGUGGUCUGCUGGCGCUGAUCGAAUAUUUGGUUGAUGUGAGGCAAAAUUUGAAAAAGGAAUUGCACGGAACCAGCGAAUCGAAAUCGUUCGGCAAGAAUCUGACGCCAUUGUGGUCGAUCGUUGACACCACUCUGUUGAAAUGCUAUUUGCAGACAAAUGAUUCGUUCGUCGCUCCGUUGCUUCGACUGAACUGUUGCCAUUUCGAGGAAUCGGAGAAAACGUUGCGCCAGUACCAAAAGUACGGCGAAUUGAUCAUUCUGUACCAGACGAAAGGCAAUCAUAAGAAAGCGUUGCAACUGCUUCAAGCACAGGCCAACGAUCCCACGUCGUCUUUGUCCGGACACGAUCGUACCAUUCAGUAUCUUCAACAUCUCGGCACCGAGCACAAACAAUUGAUAUUCGAGUUUGCUGGUUGGGUGCUAGAAAAAUCGCCCGAAGAUGGACUGAAGAUUUUCACCGAAGAUCUGCAGGAAGUGGAAGACUUGCCGAGAGCCGAAGUGUUGGAUUAUUUGCUGAAGAAUCACCAAGCACUGGUCAUACCGUAUUUGGAGCACAUAAUUCAUACGUGGGAGGAGAGUAAGCCGAUUUUCCACAACAUUUUGAUUAAACAAUAUUACGACCAGAUCAAGAACAUGAAACAGGGUUCGUUGAGCAGUCCAUCCGGAGGGGAUAAACGCAAGCAGAUCAUUUUAGAAGACACAAAGUCCAAGCUGAUCGAAUUCCUCAAAGUGUCGUCACAAUAUUCGCCCGACUACGUUCUGAACUAUUUCCCCACCGACGAUCUAUUCGAAGAACGUGCCAUCAUACUGGGCAAAUUGGGGAAACACGAAAAAGUGCUGGCCAUUUACAUUCAAAUACUCGGCGAUGUGGACAAGGCUGCGGCGUACUGUGAACAGAUUUACCGCAAGGAUCAGCAAAAUGUUAACAUUUACGUGACAUUGAUCCGAACGUUACUCGUUCCACCGACAGUCCCACCGUACACUGGUGUUGCUUUGCAUCCGCGGUGCUUGCAACCGAAUGUGGAUUCUGUGCUUGAGCUGCUGAAGGAGCAUGCAACCAAAUUUAAUCCGCACGCAGUAUUGCAGAUCCUCCCCGACACCAUUCCCGUUUUGUAUCUUCGCACAUUCUUGGAACUAGCGCUGAACCAUCAACUGGAACGGAAGCGUAAAAAUCAAGUGCUCAAAGGACUGCUGUAUGCUGAGAAUUUACAUACGCAGGAACAGCGAAUGCAUUACGAAUCGAAAAGUGUUUUAAUCACCGAAUUUACCGUGUGUCCCGUUUGUAAGAAAAAAUUCACGAAUCAGAGUGCGUUCGUGCGCUAUUCGAACGGUAAAAUCGUGCACUAUGCAUGCCAGGAGAAGGAGUGAACGAACAUUUUAUUGGAAUUUCAGCCGUUCGGUGUUGUUGCACUGACGGUAACAUUGUCAUAGUCCUAUUGGAAUAAUGAAAUAAUCAAAAGUUAAGCUCUACUGC